CCCGCCGUUGCUUCAAGCCGAUGUGACACCGGGCUAAAAAUCCUCAAAUAUUUAGUAAUCGGCGGGGGCUCGUUUAAAAACAAUGGAUAAUUCGUAUAGCGACUGUACCGUGGAGGAGCUGAGAGGUGAAAUUACGCGUCUGCAAGUGGAAUUAAAUGAAACGGCGCAACAGAAAGUCCAGGCCGCCGAGUAUGGGUUGGCCGUUUUGGAAGAAAAACAGCAACUCCAACAACAACUGGAAGAUUUAGAGGUCCAGUACGAGUCGACGAGACAAGAGUUGGACUGUGCUAAGGAAGCAUUAGACCAGUUCCAUCAAAGUCGGAGGCGGGCAAGUCAAGCGGGUGCACAUGAUGAAGAAAGUCUGUUACGAGAAACAGCAAACCGAGAAGCCUUCUACAAUACAUCCAUCACAGACCUCGAAAAUGAACUCAAAGCGGCGAAAACGGGGAUCGAACGUCUCAAAAAUGAUAAUGAUCGGUUACAAACGAUUACGCUGGAAAUGUCGCAACAAUUGGAAAGUAUGGAGCAGGAGCGGAAACAGUUCAGGACAGAAAUAAAGGAAUUGAAAUUUCGGGAGACGCGGAACUUAUCUGAUUACUCAGAGCUGGAAGAGGAGAAUAUUACGUUGCAGAAACAGAUUUUGGGUUUAAAGCAGUCGCAAGUUGACUUUGAGGCAAUGAAACACGAGGUGAAACACCUCCAGGAAGAGGUCGAUGACACAAAUGUCCAGUUAGAAGAAAGCUUGAAUCUCAAACGGAUUAUCGAGAAAAAUCUUGAGGAGGCAUUAAAUUCGCUUCAGCAGGAACGCGAGCAGAAACAUGCGAUGAAAAAGGAACUUGAUCAGCGAAUCAACCAUGAAUCCAUGUUUAAUCUCACGAACUUGGCACAGUUUGGUUUAGGUGAUGCGUUUAAAAUGGGACAUCCCCCACAUGAACCAAACUCAAAUCAUAGUCAUGAUGAUGGUGAUACACAUGAUUCUCCUGCCCUGAAACGUAUUGAGGCAGAUUUCAUUGUUUCCCAAGGCCAGAAGAAGGAAUCCAAACCACCGAAACCUCAACCGGCUGUUGUCAAUGACUUGUUCAGUGAACUUCAAAUGAGUGAGAUGAAGAAAAUGGAGCAUGCGCUAGAAGAGAAGGAGGUUGGGCGUGUCGAGAUGGAACAGGCUUUACGGGAGGCAAGGGAAGCUCUGGAGACAGCCAGGAGGGAGUUAAACGAGCAGACCCAGAAGGCCGAGGAGUUAGCUGGUCAAGUUGCUGCGAUGGAAUCCAUGGAAAAGGCUCAGCUUGUGAUGGACGUUGAGAACAUCGAAUUGGAUAAAUCAGAUGCUAAUCUGUCUGACAAUGAGCAGAAGUUAGCGGAGAUGCAGCGUGCAGUUAAACAGAGCGAGAAGAAGUAUGCCGCAGCCUUGAAGCAGUUGGGUCAUCUACAGAUGGAGAACACUCGUUUGGAACAGAAAGUGAAGCUGGCAAACGAGUUCACGUCUGAAGGUGAUUGGAAAGAUGAGAUUAUUACUUUGAGGAAUAAGAUAAUGGAAUAUGAGACGAUCGUGAAAGAUCUCGAAUGUGACAUUAAGACCAUGACAGGGGUUGCCGCUGAGAGCCAGGGCAGCUUGAACACAGCACAAGAUGAGUUGGUCCGAGUGGCAGACGAGCUUGCACAGAUCUACCAUCAUGUCUGUGAACACAACGGUGAAACACCAAACAGGGUGAUCUUGGAACAUUUCCGUAACUCUCGGCACUUGCGGCAGUUGAGUCCAAAAGACAGUGAUGCGUCGAGUGAGAAGUCUUUCGGAUCUGAAACAAAUGAGAGUCGGGAGAAGUCUUUUAGUCCUGAAGGAACAAAGGCUGACCCGAUGACAUGUUAUAAACUGAUUGAGACAGUGCGCGACCAGGUGAAAUACUUGAAACGCUCGCUAGAACACAUGAUUGAACUGUCUCGGCAACGCCAGGCUAGCAACAGUGCUAACCAGGAUGUUGAAGAGUUGCAAGAACAGGUCGUCAAGUUGAAGGCAAUGCUUUCAGCCAAGCGAGAACAGAUCGCAACUCUCCGGUCAGUAUUGAAAGCAAACAAGUCAACUGCUGAAUGUGCCCUUGGCAACUUGAAACAGAAAUAUGAGAACGAGAAGUGUGUAGUUACUGAGGUCAUGACGAAGUUGCGUAAUGAACUCAAGGCUUUGAAAGAGGAUGCGGCAACAUUUGCAUCCCUGCGAGCAAUGUUCGCCCAGCGAUGUGAUGAGUACGUCACCCAGCUGGAAGAAACCCAACGAUUGUUAUCCGCUGCUGAAGAAGAGAAGAAAACGCUCAACUCUCUGCUCCGUAUGGCUAUUCAACAAAAGCUCGCCCUUACUCAGAGACUUGAGGAUAUGGAGUUUGACCGUGAGCGACGCACCAUGCGACGUGAUCGCCCUAGUGGUGGGAAUCGGAACAAUAUGGGUCCUCGAGUAAGUUAUAAUUAUAAUCCUUACGAUGGAUUCAAUAAUCGGGGUGAGGGCGGCUUCAAUCGAAGCGAUGGGUUCAAUAGAAGUGAGGGCUUCAAUCGGUACCCUGCCCCCCAACGUCAGAGGCGGGACUACUGAUCAUACUUCCACUCUGGCAUAUGUGAUGUUUUUUAAACGUGCCAAUUUUUACGGAGCGUACCCAAGGGAUCCUGUCCUGUAAAAAGGAGGCGCUGCUGAUCUUUCUACUGGCAACCAUUGAGCUGUAGGUCUGGUAACCCUCGGCUCUGGUCCAGCAGUUGGACUAGGCCAUCGCCAUCAGCCUGUUUGUAAUCUGGUUUGCUUUUACUUGCUCAAAGCCAAAUACUCGAAAUUCUCUUUGCAAAUUAUGCAAGAGUUGACCAGAUUAUUAACUAGGCUGAAGGUUUCGUGUAUGGCAUUGGAUGAUUUGAGUGAAACAAUGGGUUAGAAGAUUACUUUUCAGAUUUUUAGAUUAUCAUCAAGGCUGGUAAAACAUCCAUUUCAUUUUCUGCAUAUUUAAUCCUUCAGCGAAGCAAGUACCGACUUGCCCUAUCUGUUUGAAUCAGUUUUGUGGUAAGAGUGUUUGUUAGUGCAGAAUUGAACUUGCAAAAAACGAAAUGGUUGAAAGGUUUUCAAUGUAUUCAUUGACUUCCUGAGACAAUAACCAGUAAAGUUUAAACGUUCAUCAGAUAAUGAGCUAGAAGACAAACUUCCUUUCAGUCGUCUGCUCAUUAUUUUGAUUCGUCCAAACAUUACGGUGAUUUUCUCAGGACCUCAAUCUCGUGUUUUUUCUUUGCCAUAUGUGCGUAGCGUGUCUGUACAUUCCACCAAGAUUGUACGGGAUGUCUUUGUUCAGGGAUCCUUGAGGAGUAAAUACUGAGGCCAUUGGUUGGCACGUCUGGGUACUGGUUACCUGGAUAGGCAGCCGAUGCGGAGGUGCCAUUAUAAGAUACAGUAAACUGUUAAUAUGUAGUCAUCUUGUUCAAGGCGGAACUGAAAAAUUGUGUCUAUCCACUGACUUGUUUUGAUAACUUGGGGCUUGAGGUAUAGUGUUAAGGGGAAUGCAUGUAAUGUAAAUGAAUCAUCUUUCUUGUGUAAACUUACUGCAUGUUAAUGGACAUGAAUGCUUUUCUGUGUUAAUGUCUGGUGAGGUGCAAGAGAAGAAACUGAUAGAAAAUGAUACCAAUUAGACUAUUCUAUUUCUGUGAUGGGGCAGUUCUAUGGACAUUGCUUGGAACGAUUGUGGAUGUUAUGUUGCUGAGGUCUGAGGUUUCCCUUGAACUGACAUUGAUGGUAACUCCACGGGAUGGCUGGGAUGUAGAGGCACAUGUUCCCCUUGUAGCUGCACACCCAGAAAGAUGAGUAAGCUGUUCAACAUGUUCAAUGACACAUUUCACAUCAAGGUAUAUUCAGGAAAGCAUGUUGUACUUAAUAGAGAGGUUCUACUGUACUUUCAUUUUACAGUAUUUAAGAACAGGAAGGUGUUUCAUUACAAAACCCCCGGAAGUGUUUUGACCUUUAAAAACUGUAAUUUUUUUGUGGUGGUAAUGCCAACUCCGUCUGAAAGUGAUAGCAAUCAGUUUGUCAGCACAUAAAAACGUCAACCAGCAUUGGCAUGUUAAAGACCAUUCAUUUGUAUUUCCUUGUAACAUGACCCCAUCCUGGACGAGUAUUCCUAAAACACAAUUAUUCAGUUCCGCAAAGGUGAUGUACUUUUUAAGAUGUCAGUAUGUUUGUUGACUAUGAGCGCCAUGCUUUUGCAAUAGUUAGACCAAGAAGUGAGUAAUGGUCUACUCAUUCCGCUUCCAGAAUCCUGUGUACAUAACUGUUACAACGUUAUGUACAAGUACACAGCGUUCUGGCAAGUCCGGAAUGAACUCAGUGUCAUAAUGGGUAAAGUUAACAUAAAAUGGGCAGUUUUUGGGGUAAAAGUUUUGGUGCAGUUGGUACAUUUUGCUAGUGAUGAGUCAGUUGACCUUGCAGACCGACUCUCAACAUGAAACUUUGGAUUUUGUUAGAUGACAUUACAGUAACAACUCUUUUAAAAGUACAUAAUGAGUUCUGAAAUGGAACUCGAAUUAUUUCUGCUGAAACUUCCCCUAUUUUUAACUUAAACAUAUUUCAUAGAUUUUCUGUGUAACAUAAUACAGAAGCAUGUCUUCACUUCAUGAAUGCUACUGAGUGAAGAAUUUUCCUAUGGCUAAUUCAACAGUGGCUAAGUUGGGAACUCACGGCCCUGUUGGUGGCCCAUUAGACACGCUAUCUUCUCCAUUGCCUAUCUAUGCUUGGGGGAAUUCGGUAAAGGUAAACCAUGUUAUUAUAAACCCUGGAACCUUUCCGGGAUUCCAUUGUCUUGGAAGUCGAUUGAACACCGGUGGCAAGUAUCAAAUAAUGUGGUAUAGGUGAGCCGAUCUUGUGGUGGGUGUGAAUAAUAUGUCUUUCAUUAAGAUUCCAUUUACCCUCUACAACCAUCCAAGUUCUGCUUCUCUAUUGACGAUCCAAAUCAAUUGGAAAUAUUUAGGAGGCGAAUAAGGUAAACUGGUACAAUUAUUGCCAUUGUGUGCAUUGAUGUGUACUGACAGCUCUUGAUUACACUGUAGAGGAGGUUACAAUUGUACCUAGGAUAAUAAUUGUACCACUUCACCUCACCAAUAUCCAAAGAAUGUUGAUUUCGUGGGGCUAAUGUUUCAAACAUGAAAGAAAAAAGGAAGUUUCAGCUUAGAAAUAUUCAGAGUUCCAUCACUCUAUCAACGGUGAUAUUUAUAUACUGAUCAUGUUAUAUUUAAGAUUUAUUUAACCCUCUCUUAACGUAGUUUUACAAUGUAUUGUUUUUUUUGUAUUAACGUUUUGGCAAGUUCAACGUGAUCACAAUCCUGCAAAUUUUCAAAAAUUACCAUGGACAAAAUUUAAAAAAACAUUUUAUGCAACAUUGGGAUACACUAAGAAAAAUUGCGAUCUGAUGCGAAAGUCUGUUGUCUGUCCAUGGCAGAAAUAUCUUGAGAAAUAUUUGAUUAUUUCAGGAUUUAACUUGGCCCAUUAUUGUAAAUAUGUAAGAAAUUUUAACUAAUGAGCUACCAAACUAUCACUAUAGAUAAUAUGGUUUUAAAAUAUAAUUAUUUUAGUAGUAAUUUCAAUUCCAUCUUCACCGUUCUCUGCAAGUCCAUUUCGGGUUAUUGUAUUUAUAUGAUUAUCUAAAAUCUAGAUAACUUUAAAAACUUUUAAUUUUAUACAGCUCAGUAUAAUGUGAAAAUUCAAUUCCUGAAAAUGAUAGUGUAUGUUUUCAUUGAAAUGUCUCGAAAAAGGAAUCUCUAAGGGAAAAAAUUGUUCUCUUUUUAGGACGUUAUAGAAUAAAUGUGCAACUUUUUUGACUCUCACAAAAAAUUGCUGCCAGAAGAGGAAACAUUGGUAUUUGUUUAAAACAUUCUUGGCAUAAGAUAUGAUAUGAGCAUUAUGUGAGAAUCCAGACACUGUCUAGUGUGCUUUAUUUUGUCACCUCCCUGUCACUCGCUUCAACUAGUCAGACUUGAAUAAGUAGAAAUACUAAGUCAUUCGAAAUGUACAUUAGUGGAGCGGUUUUCCCGAUCUAGUUGGGAGACGUCCCACACCGUAUUUUGGUUAUUUUUGAAAAGUUAUUCAGGCUAUGAAUUCAAUGUUCUCCUUCAAAAGCAACCUACAUCUUUGUUUGCUACAACUUUUUUGCCUUUCCUAAUUGUCAGAGGUUGUUAUCUCACCAACGAUACGAUGAUGCAACGACAGAUAGCUGUAAAUAAUCCGACAGAUUGUCUCUACUCUGAUGAAAUAGUCUGAAGCAAAUGACAACAUGAUUUCUUUCCUCACUGCUUGCUCUAUUUCUCUUGAGUGAUCAAUCAAAUAACCUUUCUUUUCGCAUUGUGAGCAAGACUUAAAGUGUGUAAUCUGUCCUUACUCUCUACGAUGUGUUCGUGUGUAAAACAGUGAAAUAUUUGUGAAGCUGAUCGUUGGCGCAUCUACUCAUUUUCAAGUGGCUGUUUCUAGUAGAUUAAAUAUAUUCCUUUGUCAUUGUGCCCGGGAGAAAUAUGUGCACUUUUGGGAAAAGUCAUGUCAGGUUGACAACUAUCUCUGUUUUUCUUUGAAGGGCAGUUGUCAGAGGCAUUGUCUUGUGUUGUAAUGCAAUUCAGUUUAUUGACCGAUCUGCAGUUCCAAAGGUGGUUUAAAGCUGCUGUACCAUUUAUGGUUCUUAUGAUACAAGACUUAAGUGCUCGGCUCAAGGACUCAAAUUGUCUGAUGUACCUAAAUAACAAGUGCAGUGUCUCUGGCAGCAGUACCAUUUAUGCAAUGCCUCGAAUUGUUGUAAAGAGUAACGCCUGGAUGUAACUUUCUAUGGUUACAGAAGAGGAAUUGUUCAGGUCGUUGAGGUGCUGUACAGAAUUAUUUUCAGGGAGUUCGUGUUUGUCACUAUCUAUGAUGUGUAAUGUGUAUAUAUAUAUCGUCAUAAUCAAAGACCGUUAGACUGUAUUCCUUGUUGAGGGGCAGCACUAGACUGGUAUACAUCAUGAGGUUAUCAAUAAAUAUUUCACGAUGUGAAGACAGAAGUGCCAUUAUGUGCAUUGUUAAGACAUCGUCAUCUGCAUCAUCAUUGCUGCAGAGGUCGUGCAAAGGAUGUCAGGAAUUCUGAUUGGCUCAUGAUUUAUGCUCUUCCGUGGCCGCCCUAAAACGUAAGAAUAUCCUGUAUUGUUUUGAAUCUUUCAGAUCUAAAAUGUCUCGAGAAUGUGCACAUUCAAAAUGAGACACCCUCAAAUCCAGGCGUCAAACAAGGUUGAGACCUGAUGGUGCUUGCGAAAAACGAACUUGGUGAAAUAUUGCCAGUUAGGAGCAAUAUUGGUGUUACUCGACCACCAUCAUAUGAUGGAUUGAGCUGCACUAAGUGCCUGUGAGAUACUGCUAACCAUUAGCAUUAUGCUGUUUGCUGAAAGGCUAUGUCUUGUGCAUUAGCCUGAUCUGAAGAACGCCCAAUUUCACCUUGCAUAUGGUAUUCCACCAAAAGACAUCUCGGACAUUUUAGAUUUGAUUGGGUAUGUUGAUUUAUAUUUGGCACUUGAUGGUGGAAGAAAUAACAAACCACUAGAAGCAUUCUGUCUGAAUAUUCAGGUAAUAAAGCAUGGUAAUACGAACUACUUAUUUUCUGUUAUUUUUUUUCGUUGGAAUCUUGCCCCUCUUUUAUUCAUUUCUGAAUUAAUUUUACAAAGCUCAUAGAUUUUUGUUUGAAAAUUACUUUUGUUUUGAAUCAACCAUCCAAAAAUGUAGACUUGACACUGAAAAGAGCAUGGUUCAGAAAUGAAUGAUUGACAAUUUUGACACUAAGGAAGAAAUAGCUGUCAAAACUAGAAGCAUCAGCAACACUCAAAAGCCAAUUAGUGUUUCUUUGAUUGGAGUUGACUUGAAGCUGACAGAUUUGUAAUUUUCAGUGUGGACAUGCCUCCACAUGUUGUUGCAGCACUGUGCUUCACCAAUGCGAGGUGGCCACAUCAAAAUGUGUUGGAAAUUGAACAGCUGAUAGAUGUAUUCAUACCUGAAGCUGAACUAUCAACAUGUUGACUAAGGCUGACAUUGUUAUACGAAACAUGGCAGUGUGAUUUUAAAAAAUUGAUGAUAAGACUGUUAAGUUUGAUAGCUUCACUCCUCUUGAAAUAAUUUUUUUGAGUUACUUACAUUUGAUCACUAAAAUAUGGUGGUUAUUUCUUCCAUCCAUUUCCAAAUAAUAGGACUUGCUAUAGAUGAUAAUCCAUUAUGAUAUAGAUAUGCCUGCUGCAAUGCACCUUGACCGCCAACUUUUUGUGAUUCUCACUAUGUUGAUCCAAACAGUAUGGCUAUCAUGACAGGACUCAAGGAGAUCCAAUAUAUGCUGUGGACCAGAUGGAACCCUGUAAAAACCAUUCCAGAGACCAUCAACGUGAUUCUGGAGGAAUCAUUGGAUGUAUUGACAGGAUGUGAUGGAACGUCCCUUCAUCAAGAUGGCUGCAAACCAUUUGUCUGCUACGACUGUGUCAACAGACUGAGCCCCUUGCUGCAACAUAUUUUGGGCCCCUGUCCCCAGAUUUGAUUCAUAUCCCACUGAUUGUAGAUUAACCUUCAGAUUGUGGGCCUUUUAAUGGAUUUUGAGACAACAUUCAAUGACCUUUGAGACUUAUCCCUUCAAGAGAUUUUGAGACAUGUCCCUUUAAGUGAUUUUAAGCCAUUGUCCCUUUAACAGAUUGUUGGUUACUGCCUGUGGGUGUGACAGGUUGUGGAUGACCAACUCUUCAGGUGUUCCUUUCAAACAGGUUUUGAGCCGCUAUCCUAAACAGGUCAGGGAUGUGGCCUGUUGUAAUUGUUGUCAGUUGCCAAAUCGUUUGGUUUUUCAGUCUUGUAAAGGAACUUUUACAUGCAUGCACCUUUCAUAUAAUAAUCUACAGGAUUACAAACCUUCGGGAAAAUUGCCCAAAUUUUGCAUAACAAUGGUGUAAACAAGAUAUCAAAGUUGUAAGCAAGGUAUUUAAACCAGAAGAUUAUGAGAUUGGUUGUGGCACUAUUGUCCAGUGUUGAUAUGAUGUGUUAAUGAUUGGUCAGUCGGGUGUCCUUGAUGAAGAGGUUUUGCUUAAAGUAAGUUCAUUUCAGGCUUCUUUAAAUGAUCAGAUGAUUUUGUCUCCUUGUUAAAGGUGGAAUUCAUACUCCAACAGAUGACCAAUGCUACCAACUCUGUGUCCCUUGCACAUGAGAGGCGGUAAUCUCCAAAUUUCCAUUUGGUACCUGGUGGCUGGAGUUCUACUGGUAAAAAUCAGUUGCUGAUGACUCGGACUGCAACACCGGCUAACAGAGUAUAGUCAGCGACCGACUGGUUGCUGAUGGUCUGCAACUGGAGUAUGAAUUCACCCUAAGACUUGUUCUUGCACUCCAUCACAAUUCCUUCAUGUUGUC